AUGGCCGAGAAAAAGACGGACGCCCCGGCAGCUGGCAUGCUCUGGGGGGGCAGAUUCACAGGUGGGAUUGAUCCUCUCAUGCAUAAGUACAAUGCCUCUAUCGGCUACGACAAGGCUCUUUACAAAGAAGAUAUCCUUGGAUCAAUUGCUUUUGCCAGGGCCAACUCAAAGACCGGCAUUAUCACGGAAGACGAAUUUCAGACGAUCGAGCGUGGUUUACUCCAAGUUAUGGAAGAGUGGAAGCAGGGAACUUUCGCUAUCAUGCCGAAUGAUGAAGAUAUUCACACAGCAAAUGAACGCCGCUUAGGAGAGGUCAUCGGCAAGGACACCGCAGGCAAGCUGCACACAGGGCGGAGCCGGAACGAACAAGUUGUCUGUGAUAUGCGAAUGUGGUUGCGCGAUCGGAUCAAGGAGAUUGACAGCCAACUCGUUGCAUUCCUCAAGGUCGUUAUCGCACGUGCUGAAUCUGAGAUUGACUACCUCAUGCCUGGUUACACUCACAGCCAGCGUGCCCAGCCAGUCAGAUGGGCACAUUGGCUAAUGGCACACGCUGCUGCGUUCAAGCAGGAUCUCGAGCGGCUGCGACAGGUUUUCGAAAGGGUUAAUCUCAGUCCACUUGGUUGUGGCGCUUUAGCCGGCAAUGUAUUUCAAAUCGAUCGACACGCCAUAGCCAAGGAGCUUGGCUUUAGUGGAAUAACUUUGAACUCGAUGAAUACUUCGGCUGACCGCGAUUUCAUCAUUGAGUUCCUUACAUGGAACUCAAUCUUCACCAACCACAUCAGCAGGUGGGCUGAGGAUCUGAUCGUUUAUGGAACCAGCGAAUUUGGGUUCGUGCGGCUGGCGGAUGCAUAUUCGACAGGCUCCUCGUUGAUGCCUAACAAGAAAAACAGCGACUCGCUUGAACUUUUGCGCGGCAAGUCAGGUCGUGCUUUCGGUCAAAUGGCUGGCUUGAUGAUGACUAUGAAAGGCCUGCCAUACUGUUAUGCCAAAGAUUCUCAGGAGAGCUGGGAACCUAUGUUGGAUUCUGUGGAGUUUGUGAUGGAUAGUUUGGGCAUUGCUAACGGGGUUGUUGCUACCUUGACGGUGCGACCAGAGCGGAUGAGGGCUGCUCUGGACAUGACGAUGUUGGCCACCGACGUCGCAGAGUGGCUGGUGAAAAAGGGUGUUCCGUUCAGGGAGGCUCACCAUAUCUCCGGACGCAUCGUUGCCCUAUCUGAGAACACGGAGGUUUCGAUGGACCAGCUGACCCUGGAGCAACUACAAGAAAUCGACUCUCGGUUCACGGCAGACAUUGCGGAGGCUUUCAAAUAUGAAUCGAGUGUCGAGGCGAAAUCGGCUCCAGGCGGUACCAGUCGGUCAGCCGUGCUGGGACAGAUCGAGGAACUCCGUGCUAUUUUAGAAUAG